CACUUCGAACUUGACGUGUACUACAAGAGAAAUUUAAUUUCACAUAAUCACACGUGUCACAACACGCACCCGCCUUGAACCAGAGUUCGUCCGUUAUUAGAACAACAAAUUGCUUACAGCAGUACCGCAAAUUGUUCAUGUGGUGACACCGUGCGUUUACAGGUGUUUUCUUUUACAUGUGUGAUAAAGGUUUUAUAAAUCCGUUAACAACCAUUUCAGUGUUUAUACAAAUAAUUUGAAAUCGUGAGAACAUAGAAAUUUCCAAGAUCAACAUGCACUUCAUCUAUAGUCUUCUGCUUCUCGUAUUCCCACAUUACACAUUGGCCUCCGUGGAUCCCAAGAAUGUACGGUGUUUGGUGUGCCAGAGUGUUGUAGAAGAAAUUGACAGUGUAAUUCAGAAAGUUGAUCCAAAGAGGACCAUGGAAGUUGGGAGUUACAGACUAGAUUCUAUGGGGAACCAAAAACAGAAAACUGUGUCUUAUGCUCGCUCUGAGAUGCAUCUCACAGAAGUUCUUGAGACAAUCUGUAAUAAGAUGGAUGAUUAUGUGAGAGCUACAUACAAAACUUCAGGAGAACUAACACUGUUACGACUCAUUGGCGCAGAUGGACAGAUGAAUCCAGACCUAAGCCACGUGGACAUCAUCCAAGAUUCAGAUCUUAACAAGAGCCUCAAAUUUUAUUGUGAAGGCAUUGUGGAGGAGUAUGAGGAGAAUAUCCUGCGACUAUUUGGCAGAGAUGCAGAUAACAUAGACAUCAAGCUAUGCUCCAAUGAAGCAAAUCUGUGUUCUCACUCAGAGUCAGACGCCGAUGACUAUGAGUUUGAAGAUAGGGAUGAAUUGUGAUGGUGUGUUCAAUGUAAACAUGUUAUUUAAUUAUUGUUAUUAUUGCAUUACAUGUCUAUAAUUGUAAUAUUUUUACCAGAAAUGUAUUCAAUGUGUCUUCCAUGAUUUUAAAAUGAAGUACAAAAUUGUUUUCUGUUAUUGCAUUGUUACUAAAUUGUUAAAAUAAAUCAGAACAUUUUUAAGGAACUUA